GGCUCACUGCGUGAGCAGCGGUACAGAGGGGCGGGGGUGGGGGGGAGGUGCCUUGAGAAGCGGCACCCGCUGAUUGGCAGUAAAGGGGUUCACGCCCCAUCUCCUGCUCGAGCAAAGCCGGAGCAGCCAAUCAGAGCGAGGACUGACGGAAACGACCCAAUCCUGGUGCCGGGCUGUGGGCGGGGGCGAGGACAAAUGGCUCAGGUGGACUCCUCGCUGGAGCUGUUUUGGAUCUUUGCUGCUGCUGCUCUUCCUGCUGCCGCCGCUGCUCAGCUGGGGGUCCGGUCACCAGGCAAAGAGCCCUCUCGGGUUGGCCGGAAGUUAUGAGCCGUUUCUUGAACGUGUUACGAAGCUGGCUGGUGAUGGUGUCCAUCAUAGCCAUGGGAAACACGCUGCAGAGCUUCCGAGACCACACCUUUCUCUAUGAAAAGCUCUACACCGGCAAGCCAGACCUCGUGAAUGGCCUCCAAGCUCGGACCUUUGGGAUCUGGACCCUACUCUCAUCAGUGAUUCGCUGCCUCUGUGCCAUCGACAUCCACAACAAGACGCUGUACCACAUCACACUCUGGACCUUCCUCCUCGCCCUGGGCCACUUCCUCUCUGAGCUGUUUGUCUUUGGGACCGCAGCUCCCACGAUUGGCGUCCUGGCACCCCUGAUGGUGGCAAGCUGGCUUCCUUUAUGGUGCCAAAAGCGGUUGCAGCAAUACCAGGCCUCACAUGCCAACACUACGUCUAGAAAAAUAGUUCAGGGAUACAGACUAUCCCUCCCUCACCAACUACUGUUAAGGAGGUAGUAAAAGCAAUGAUUUUGCAGAGUUUGCAUGUAAGUGUAGAUCCACACGGAGCCCACCUAAGAAAGUGAAUUGAAAACAUGCAUGAGUUGGAUGCGGAUCCUCUGAGCAUACGUCAUAGAAAUGUGAUUCCAGGUGAGCAAAGACAAGAUCCCAAAGGAUCCAAAGAGACGAUUUAGAGUAGUUGGAAAAUAUUAUGAAUAUUCUAUUUCUUUAACCGCCAGUCUUGGCUCCCUUCCGAGAUGAUUUAAAGUAGAAUCCGUAAUGUCUCUCCAGCUAAGAACUGCUAACAGAUAAUGGUCCCAAAAUGCCACAGACACGGUGCAAUUUCCAGGAAAGAAAUGCACAGAAGGCCAAUAGCAGCAUGUCCAGAUCACAGUACGGGGUGAACGCACCUGGGAAGGGAGAAGUGGCAGUUGGCCGGACAGAUCAGAAGAAAAGUGGCAGCACCACGGCAGAUGCCGAAAGCGUGGACUCUGACCAGGGCAGGAUGGUACAGUCCUAGAACAAAUACUUCGGCCACGCUUUGAGACAGAGCCAGAAACCACAGUGGGCUCUGUAUCAGCGGUUACCCCGAGUGGACCGUCUGCAAAUAUACACGGCACAGAAGGCGGUCAGGGUCACGUGCUGGGCGCCGAGUUGCCAGGCACCACGUAGGCCAACGUUCACUUUUACUGCCUUGUCUUUAAAAAGUAACCCACUGGGAUGGUAACAUCUGCGUAAACAGAGGACCCACCCCCGCAGAAGGCCACAGGAGCUGCUCCUCUAGCCCCAGCCCCUCCCGCACCGGAAAUGGGCAAGACUCUCAUUCUUGUGCCAAAAGGCACCUCCGCCCCCACCUGAUGACAAGGCGGACCACUCGGAGAAUCUUUUAUUGCCUUAAAACAUCUGGCAUUACAAACCGAAAAUACAAAUUGUGUUCUUAAAAUAAAGGAACGGAUGGAUCUGGUAAACAUUCUGUUAAAGAGUUUGAAGGAGCUGAAGAGUAAGCACCUUUCUCCUCAUCAAAAGUAAGACACGCUUUCUCUCCACUUCGCUUCCAUCCCCAAUCACUCCCCCCACCAGAAGUGUGAACUUCUUCUAUUACCCAGAACGUACACACACACACACACACACACCUGGCUCCCCUCAGGCAGUGGCCCGGGCACCCCGGCACUGCUGCCAACCGACCCAGGCUGCUCCCGUUUGCCAAGGCCGGGGCAGUGGCCACAGCCAAACAGCACCAUGGUCAUGAUCACAGCUGUUCACCACGCAGGAGAAAUUGCUGAAAUGUCUUAUUUUCAGGGGACACCACCCAAGACCAUGAGUAGAGCCAGACAGCAGGCUAGGCAGGAGAGGAAGUCACCUUGGGUUGGUUUAAAGGGACUCCCUUUAAACUCACAAUAUCUGAUUUAAAAAAAGAUUACUGCUGGAAGAGGGCAGGAAGAGGGGGUGGGUGUUAGAAUACUGUCCCCUCCGGAGGCAGGUGCACUUAAUUGAAGCAGACUCACUUCCCAUUUCAAGGGUCAGCUUUCCUCCUGCCCCUUUCCUCUCAUCUCGCAGAAGCAGCUGUGGAUUUCUCAGCGUGGGAUGAAUCAAGGUUAGCUCUCAGUAAAGGUUACAGGAAGUUGGCUGGGAUUUCCCUCCCUUCAGAGAAAGCAAGUGCGGAGGCUGACGGAGUUUCUCAAGGUAGUGUCCACAUGAAGGCAUCAGAGGUGACUGUGACCCACACGGAAGUCCCUGGGCAGAGACUCUGUAGAAAAGAACUUAGUCCCAAAUCAAGCUACCACGGUCCCCAACUGCCUUCACAGGUGCCCUCACACACACCUAGGCAGCUCACUCUCCCAAAUGGGUUUCUCCUUCAUGGCCACAGCAAAAUUUCUGUCAAGUUUAUUGAUGUUUGGUUUGAUCAGCUCUUAGGAAAGGGUUUGGAAGCAGACCCCAACCUCAGGCCAGGAGAAACGAGGCCGAGUCCUGACGGCUUCGUUCUGAUGCAGUUUUUUUCUGAUGGUGCUUUUUCCCACAGAACGUCAGCAGCCGGGCCGGUGACCCCCAAAUUCCCCUCAUCCGGAGCAGCUGCCUCUCCUUAGGACUGGGCUUCUAAGGGUCUUAAGACACUAGAAAAAGUUAGUAUCCUGAAUAAGCUUCCUUUCCGCGAUAAUUUCGCAGGCUCUCUCUUUGCAGGAUGGAGGGGAAGGGGGAAGACAGGGCAGCACCGUUCUCCACCAGCCUCUCCCAACACCAGCUCCCAUAACCCACGAGGGGGAGGGGGCGGGAAUGGAGUGUGCGUUUGGUGAAAGGUGCCAUCGUCCCCAACCAGACCAUGCAACCUCUUGAAUGGGUUCCAGGAGGCAGAGGCACCGCCAUCCAAGCCACAGAUAUAUCAGCCAGUUCCCUCCAAAAGCUGCUCCGGUGAAGACCUGUGUGCUGGCAGUGAAUGCUGACCGAAGGCGGGGGGGGGGGGGGGGGGGGCGUCGGUGUUCCCUGAGUCGCCACCACC